UGAGUAGCUGUUGUAUGUGUGUGCAUGUGUGUUUACAGGAGUAGCAGAAUGGACCAUGGACCAACUGAACCAGAGGGUUUCCAAGUUAAGAAAGUGCCCAUAAUGCCUUUUUUGGUUUAGAUUUUCAAAAUGAUUUUCCACUUUGACCUUUGGGAAGGAUCCAUUUGUUAUCCAUACUCUGGGAUCCUAGCUUCCUUAACCAUGUACAAUUUUCACCAAGGCUCUUUACUACAAUUCAGGAAAUUGGCACAAUAUUGGCUAGUUUGUUGGAGAACUAUAGUCCAAGUAGCUAACAAACACCACUGAAAACAAUACUAACUAAAAGAACUGCACUAAUAACAGUUGUUGCUGCUGUAUUAAUAAUAGUAUAGUGCAAGCCCCUUAUUCAUGGAUUUGAUAUGCUACAAAAUUAUUUCCCCAGAAGUGUUUGUGGGAUUGUCUAGGUCCCACAAAGGCCAUCACAUGAUGUAAGGCCACUUCUGGUGGUUGCCCGUAGUAAAGACUGUAUGUUAUGGAGUCAGGUGCUACCCAAUUCCCAAUGCAAAAGAUCAAUGGAGGCAGGGAAAGGAUGUGGGGUGGUUGCCAUCUCUGAAGGGCAUGGGACCUAUAUGAUAGAGAACGAAGCAAGGCGGUUCCCUCCGAUUUUCCUUGCUUGCCCCCCUUCAUGGGAUGAGGUCUUAUAUUAGGCUUCCUGCCCAACUGUAGUCAAAAUGUAGAGUUCCCUGUUAUCUAUGGUUUCAGGUAUCCAUGUGGUGUUUCAUUGAACGUAUCCCCUGUGUAAAUGGGGGUUUCCAUGACCAGGGAACUAGGCUCUAUAGAGAAUGCUGAGGGGAUUUACAACCAUGCAAAUUAAACCUUCAUAUGCACCUGAAAUGAAGACAGUUGGCUUUCCACCACACUGGGCAUUGGAUAUCAUUCAUAUUUACACUUUUGGAUUCCUAUGCUAACCAAAGUACCUUUCACACUAUUAAAGUGUUAUGAUUCCAUUUUAAUUGCAAUCCUGGAACUGACUGAUGGUAGUUUGAUGAGGCACUAGGGCUCUGUGACUGAGAACUCUAUACCUCUUCCUAAAAUUGUAUGUCCUAUGAUUAGUAUAGAUCCAUAGCACUUAAAGAGCUAUUGUCCCUGGGAAAGAAAGAACAACAAAGUGGUGCCAAUUCAGAUUUGGACUGGAAAACUGUGUAGAGAGCAAAAUGUCCUCAGAUUGCUUUAUUGCCAAUAAUGUGAUGCAAAAGGGUGAAUCUGAGGUAAAAUACUCUGGUUUGCACCCAGAUUAUUUUGGCUGGUGUAGACAAGCCCUGGUUCUACUACCCUGUUUCCCCGAAAAUAAGACAUCCCCAAAAAAUAAGACCUAGCAGAGGUUUUGCUGAAUUGCUAAAUAUAAGGCCUCCCCUGAAAGUAAGACCUAGUAAAGUUUUUGUUUGGAAGUAUGCCCGGCACCCGCCAAACAAAAUACCAGAACCUGCAGGAUUGGUAAAUGUAAACAUACCAGUUGUACAUGGAAAUAAUGGUAAUAAUAUAUUAAAAUUGUAUAUUAUUUAUAUUUAUGUAGUAACAAGAAAUUCUUGACAGGAUUCAUAGUUUGUCUGGUUUGAUUAUGUUGGUUUGUGAUGACAACUACUGUACAGUAUAUAAUAAAUGUUCAUUUUUUUUGUUCGACAAUAAAUGAAAAAUAAGACAUCCCCUGAAAAUAAGACCUAGCACAUCUUUGGGAGCAAAAACUAAUAUAAGACACUGUCUUAUUUUCGGGGAAACACGGUAGCAGACCUUACGUGAUGUGUAAAAAAUCAACAAGUGGUUUCAUGAUGUGCUCAGUAAAUGGAAGCUGUCAUUCUAUAACAAAUUGUUGGAAGGACUAUGAGCUAAGCCCAAUUCUGAAAGUCAAAGCAAUAAUUGGGGUCAGAUUCCUUCAAACUUUGAAUUGUGUGUUUAUCACAGCUGACUUCAGUUCAUGAAUUUUGAGGCCAUGACUAAAAAUAAAGUCCAUUCCCCAUGUCUAGAGCACAGAAACUGAAACAGAGGCUGACUGCCAAUUGUGAAAUUGGGUUGCAGUGAAAUGUAGAAACUCAAUUAUAACCUUCUUGAUAUUGCUUUUGGAAAUAAAUCUGAACAAUUGUAUUUGACUGUUCUUCUAUGGCAAUCAAAGUAUAUAACAUUUCCAUGCAUUGAACAAAUGCCAUACUUGCUUGGCUUCAACAGAAAGUUUGCCUCUUAUGUCAAUUGAUUGUGUUCUUGAAAGUGAGUCUUAAAAGCAGAAUAAGAAUGUCUUAGUUUUCAGAGAAAAAUGCUUAAAAACAUGAUGGAGUCAUUUCCAGACCAUUUUUUGCCAUUUUGUCAUAAUGUACGUGAUUUCUUGAAAUUAAAUUUGAAGUAACAUGUCUAACAGAACAAGCUCCUUUUCCUAUUAAUGUGAACAUCAAAUAAAACUUUUAAAAAAGAAACAUCGACACAUUUGUUUUUAAAAUAAGAAUUUCCUAUCCUAUAUGCAUAAUAGGCUAACCUAAAGUAAAAGUUGCAUUUGGUCUACCAGCUUUUAGUAGAUGUUAUACACACUGGAUGUCCAUGCUGUUUGUAUUUCAGAUGGCUAUUAUUACAUCUUUUUAUGUUGCAUCUUCUCUGUGCUUCUGGGUAUAGUAUAUGGUGGUGUGACUUGCAUGUUUUCAUCUGUGGAGAAAUGUGUGCACCAUGUCUAACUGCUGAUCAUCCAGUUGAUGGUGUCCUGCAUAGCAAGCUCUGUGAAAAGGUUGGUCUCACUCCAAUUGCUAGUCCCAAUUAGAGUUAGACCUACUGAAUAGACAAGAACUUAGUAAAUCAAUAUUUAUAUACAUUCUAUAGACUCAAUAGGUCUACUCUAAUUUGGACUAGCACUUACACCUAGAUCUUUGUUAUUUAACAAGCUAAGUAGAAAGUUUACAAUGGGUUGCAGAACUAAGAUGAGUCACAUCAUAGCACAAUUAUUGUUACAAGCCCAAUGUUGUAGAAAUACAAUUAAUUAAUCAGUAAGUUCUAUUUUUUAAACUAGAUUAUGAUUCCAGCAUUUGUGUUUAUUCGAUUGCAACAUGAACAAUUUCGUGGAUGCUGUCCAUAUGAAAUUCACAGGCAAAACUGUGCAAUGCUGGCAUCAAUCUUGGUUGCCUGUAUUGGAAUUCUUGGUGCUGGAUACUGUUUCAUCAUAUCAGCUCUGACCUUAGCCCACGAACCCUACUGUUAUUCCACAGAUAAGGCCAGGUGCCAUCACCUUCCUGCUGAUAAAGAAGGGAUCCAAUUUGAUCACCUUGACUCAUGUCACUGCCAACAGCCAAAGUAUAUCACUGACUGGAAGACUGGCUUUUCCUCUGUCCUGCUUGUCUUGAGUGGAAUUGAAUUAGCUCUCUGUGCCCUUCAAAUAAUAAAUGGUUGUAUAGGAGGUGCAUGGGCUGUGUGUCAAGGUGGUGACAAAGAGAGAUGCCCUUGCUAGACUACUAGGACUUGAAAAUGAGUUACAAUGAUCAUAUGUAGCACUGUAAUUAUGCCUAUGCUUUUGAGAUGACUUGACAAACUCAUGUUUAUGAUUUGUUUUAUAUGGUAUAUAACUAUUAAUUAAGAGACCAUCGUUUAUAUUACAUGCAGUGUUCCUAAAUACCAAUAUUUAAAAGUUAGGAGAAAUUCAGCAGUUUUUAUAUAAGGUCCUUCUACAAUUUUCUCUUUAAAUUUUCUUACAUAUUUGAAUUUGAACUACCUUGUCAGCAGCUUCAUGUAUGAGGUUAGUGAAUAAUUUAUACCCUGUUGAACUUAAUCAGAAUUUACCUCUCAGUAGAGAUGCCAAGGAGUAGUCUGGUAGCAUAUUAUUAUACAGUCUCCCAUAGCUUUUCAGAUAAUUUUUAAUUGCAUACUUUCAUACAUAAUUUUAUUUAAACCAGGAAGAUUUGAUUUUUCUCCGAGCUACAGGAGCUGCCAGGUGCCUUCCUGGAUCAGACAAAAGGCACCUGAUUGAAUAUUUUGUUCACUCAUUGGCCAGCAGAUGCCUAUGGAAAUCUCAUAAACUUGCCAGGAGCAAACAAGCACUAGUAUGCAGUGGUUCUCAACCUGCAGGUCUCCAGAUGUUUUGGCCUUCAACUCCCAGAAAUCUGAACAUGUGGUAAACUGGCUGGAAAUUUUGGGAGUUGUAGGCUAAAACACCUGGGGACCCAGAAGUUGAGAACCACUGUAACAUAGGAUACAUAACUGAUUCUGGAAGUAAUAUAUAGCCAUCAUUAGCAAUAGCCACUGAUAAUAUUGUUAAUUCCCUCGUAAAGCCAUGCCCAUUUGUAUGCCAGGAAAUUAGAGUCAGCAUGGUGUAGUGGAUUGAGUGUUGGAUUAUAAUUUAGGAGACCAGGGUUUGAUUCCAUACUUGGCCAUGGACACUUGCUGGGUGACCUGGAGCAAGUCUUACACUUUCAGCCCUCGAAAACCCUGCAAUAGGUUCUUCUUAGGGUCACUAUAAGACAAAAAUGACUUGAGGGCACACAAACUACAAAAUAGUAGGAAAAGCCACAGUCUGAUAGUGCUUCAAAUGAAAAAAACCUUCAUUUUAUUAUUUCAAAUGUCUCACCAUUCAGCGGCACCAGAUGACCCUAGGUUUUUGCAUUAUGAAAGGGCUUCGUCCAUCCACUUUCUCCACAUUGUGUAUGAUUGUAUGUAUCGCCAGCAUUUCUCCCUUUUCUAAUGUAAACAGUAGAGACAUUGAAAUAUUUCAGUUAUUCUAGCCCUUUCCCAAUGCUGCAAAAUCCAUUUUAAAGUGUAGCAAACAGAACUGUACACAGUACUCCAAGUGUGAUUGCCUUAUAGAUUUGUACAAUUGUAUCAUAUUUAGACUUGGUCACAAUAUGGUCCUAUUCUAGUUGUAAAUUCACUUUUAUGAAAAAAUUGCUAGCUUUAAAAAAAUAUAGAUCUUAAGAAUACAGAUAAAGAACUUUUCUUCAUUUUGUUUGAACACAUACUGCAAGAAAAUCCAGAAAGAUGGAAUGGGUGGCAGGAAAGAUUGAAGAAAGUAAGUGACAGAUCAAAGAAAGCUGGCUUGGAAUGGAUAAGGAUAUCAAUUAAAACCAAUAAAAGGAUUCCCAAGA